CGCAACUGAAGAAUUAGUGGAAUAUUUAAAAUAUACGCUAUUUCGGUCAAGUAGACGUGAGAAUUUUAUUCUAGUAUUGACUACCUCACAGAAGCUUAUCGUAAAAGCCAACUCGAUAUAUUUCGUGUCAAACACUCCUAUACAUUAGAAUGCGUCAUACCCACAUUCUAAUGUUAAAAAAAAGAUUAAUACAAAAAGAAGACGAUGGCUGCAUGACUUUGCCUUUGUCUUUCUCAAUAGAGAAGAAAAAAGAAAUGUUUUGACGUUUAAUGUCACUUUGUGGUGUCAUCUUUGUGACAGUCCGACGUCCAUUGGCCCAUUACCGAAGUUCUCGUUUCGUCGUCCUUGAAAGUUGUUCUGUUUAAAAUUCAUUCUAAAUAUCUGGCUCUAUUGCUUGGGUGCGCGUUUUAUUUCUGUCUUUAUAGUUUGCGCGCGUGAAACAAACACAACGGAACGAGUUUGUAAUAAAUUAUUGUACGUAACGCAAUUCGGUGAGCGUUUAGUGACCCGAUACAAGUUGUAAACAACUUUUACAAUGUAUCAAUAAUGGUUUUUUAUUUUCUAAUAAUUGUAUUACAAUUUCGUGAGUUAUGAAGCUGAAUAUUAACCGCAGCCUUUUGCCCAUAAAGGCGCAUUUCUUCUUCUUUUUCGCUGCUCUUGGUCCACUCCUGCCGCAGAUGAAUGUGUUCGGGCGGCAGCUGGGCAUAUCUCCGGCCGUCAUGGGGAUGGUGACCGCAGUGCUUCCGCUGCUUUGGGCCGCAGCGAAGCCGCUCUUCGGAUAUGUGGUUGACUACUGGCCGACUCACAGGAAGCUGGUCUUCAUGCUCCUUAUCACGGUGAUGACUGGCUCCUACUGUUGUCUAUGGUUCCUGCCUAUGCCCGAACCACCAGAGAUUGAACCGCCUAUCACUAAAACAGUAUACAACCUCAACGAAACCGUCUACUUGAGGACUGCUGAUAACACGACAACUUUGGAUAGGUACAGAUGUAACUGGAACUGCUCCGAUCAGGAGUUCCACUUCUAUUUGCCGAAUGCUACUUUCGUCAAUACUAUUUUCGUUGAUGAUGUUUUGACGCGCGAAUCUUGUGCCAGAUACGGUAUGGAUGUAGGGAAUGGAGGUUCAGGGAUUUCAUGUAUGCCCAAAACUGAUUGCAGCCUGCUCUGCUUUGAGAACGACUUGGAAGUGAAUGAGACGUUACUAUUUAGAGGUCGAAGGGCAAUCUCUAAUUUGACAAAUGAAAAUCGUGUGGUUUUCGAUUCGAACAAGGAGGUAAUUUCGUCGAAAUAUGUUGACUCCAAAGCGACGAAGAUGUCUCAUGGAAAAGUGGAGUUGGAAAAAGAGGAUCCCAGUUUUUAUAUGACGACAACUUUUUGGGCUUUUGUGAUACUGAUGUGCUUGGGCACUGUUGCUUUUAAUGUGGCGAAUUGCAUUGGCGACGCGGUCUGCUUUGAUGUAUUGGGACCGGAGAAAGCCUCUAAAUAUGGCGCUCAAAGAGCCUGGGGCACCGCCGGAUACGGCAUAACUGCUCUUUUGGGCGGUUGGUUAGUAGAUGCCGUGUCACGCGGCGCCAGUAAGGAUUUCGCACCGGCUUUCAUAUUAGCCCUGGCUGCGACGGCUGUGGAUCUGUACAGCUGUAGGGCGUUAACUUUGCCGUCUCUUUCCAGCCCUGAGGACAGUGGCGCCGCGCUGCGGCAGGUGUUGAGAAUGCCCCGCGUUUUAGUGUUCAUUGCGUUCGCUGUGGUAGCGGGAACUUUCGAUAGCUUCAUCAUAUAUUAUAUGUUUUGGUUCCUAGAAGAGUUGGGCGAAGAAACCGGCAGCAUGGAGAAGAUCAAGCUCAUAGAGGGCGUAGUGGUCGCCGGCCAGAGUUUCAUCGGGGAGUUGCUGUUCUUUUAUUUCUCGGGUAGAAUAAUAAAACGUUUUGGCUACGGAACCACUAUGACGGUGUCUCUGUGCUGUUACGGCGUUCGUAUGGCGUUAAUAUCUCUCAUCCAGCAUCCGUGGCAUCUCGUGUUUAUUGAGUCAAUAAUGCAAGGCCCAACAUACGCGUUGUGUUACUCCACUAUCGUAGGAUAUGCUGCCCAAGUUGCUCCUGAAGGAUACUCGGCCACAGUACAAGGUAUCGUGGCCGGAAUGGACGACGGUGUCGGUUUCGCGCUAGGUUCGUUGGUGGGGGGCGUAUUAUACUCGUGGGCGGGCGGGAGAGGGUCAUUCCGCAUUCUGGCGUCGGUGGCGGUGGUCGCGUCGAUAGCACACGUGGUACUCUUUAAACUGGUCAUGAGGAACGCCGACAAAGAAAAGCAAACUGCGCAAGUGACGUCACAAGAGGAAGGACAGAAAAUGCUUCCGGUAGAUCAAGAUUACACCGACGCCAUCUACAAGGACACUGUGGUACCUCUAAGUACUUCUAGACACGAUGGUACUCCUUCAACGCCCUGCCCACUCCGAGCCGGUGUUCCGCAGGGAUCCGCCCUCUGCCCCCUCCUCUACACAGCAUACACUAACGACAUCUCCAAAACCAAGGGUGUUGAGCUCGUCCUAUUCUUGGACGACACGGCCCUCUCCUCGAGAGGAGCCGGCGUAAAACAAAUAGUACCCAGGCUCCAAACAGCAGUCAAUACACUAGGGAACUGAUGCAGUGAUUGGAGGAUCGACGUAAACCCGUAAACCCACUAUUCUGAAUACUGCUGCAAAAUAGCUUCUGAAUUUGAAUCAAUUCGCAUAAAAACUAACCAAAAACGACACAAUACAAAACGUAAGUCAACUGUUAGAUUGGUGUUGAGAUAAAAAUCAAUUACGCGCACGAAGCAAGAUAUCCAUUGGGAAAAUUCCGUCUAUUUCUGAGUGGACGGCGAAAAAAAAAGAAACAGUGCUCCCGUCCGGGCAAUCUCGAUAAAAUUUUGUAAGAGGAUUAAAAGAUUUAUUUUAUAAGCCUCUUCAAAGGAAAUUUUCGGGUGUCCCUGUUUUAUUUUACCAGUUGCGUUUGCUUCGACCCCAAACGCCGUUCCAGAAUCAUCGAAUACGGCGCGCGACCGUUGCCGAGGCAAGGCACCACGAUACCGUGGUACCGUACCGUUAAAUACCUAGGAGUUAUACUCGACAAAAGACUCACCUUCCGUCCUCACGCUACCCAAACAGUCACGAACGCCCGAUUUCACAUGAGCCGCCUACACCCGAUGAUAGGCAAACACAGUAAAAUGUACACAGCAUACACCAACGACACUUCGGCUUCAGAAGUAUCUCUGAAGUCAUUUUUCAACU